GCGUGUGUGUGCUUAUGACUGAAACUAGGUCAGGAUUUUACGGAGCAGCACCCUUUUGCUGUACUUCAUCACAUUGGGCGUGACUUUAAGUAGUGUAGCCAAUCCCCUGUCUCUAUUCUCAGAUGGGCGUGUCAUACAGUCAAUGCUCAGAAACCGAAGCCAACUCGAAUAAACAACUAACUUAGCUUGUUUGCUAGUUAGCAACUUCUGACAUGGCGUCGUUAACGGCGACAGAAGCAGCGACAUGCCCGGGUGCAAUACCAGCAGCAGAAUCCAUAGUGCCCGCUUGUAUGUUUGCACCGGACCAGGGAUGUGCCGACGACCCAUGCAGCGUAGCGGGCUUUGAGGACGGCGAGGGUACAAACGGCGAGUCCGCGGAUCAUUUAGACUUGAGCAGCAAGCUUGUCCUAGUGAGUCCAACAGGGCAACAGUACGAUUCAUUACUACGACAUCUGAGGGAGCAGAUAGAUGAGGGCUGCGGGGAGACAAUCUUUGUGGUCGGGAUGGGCUCAGAUGGGGGUGACUAUGGUCUGGAUGACAAAGACAUGGACGCGUCGGUCGCCACGGUGCGGUCGCUGUGUGAACAGAUUGAGGCUGACCUGAUCUUGCUGAGGGAAAGGACAGACACUGGCGGAAAGAUUCAGGACUACCUCAUCCGCCGGCGUGUGGGCGAGCAGGAUUUCCUGGAAGUCAGAGUGGCGGUGGUAGGGAAUGUGGACGCGGGGAAGAGCACUCUGCUUGGGGUUUUGACCCAUGGUGAGCUGGACAAUGGCAGAGGCUUUGCUCGCCAGAAGCUCUUUAGACACAAACAUGAAAUGGAGAGUGGCAGGACCAGCAGUGUGGGCAAUGAUAUCCUGGGGUUUGACCAGGAGGGACAGGUGGUGAACAAGCCAGACAGCCACGGUGGCAGCCUUGACUGGACCAAGAUCUGUGAGAAAUCCUCAAAAGUUAUCACCUUUAUUGACCUGGCUGGCCAUGAAAAGUACCUCAAGACCACUGUAUUUGGCAUGACGGGACACCUGCCUGAUUUCUGCAUGCUCAUGGUUGGCAGUAACGCUGGCAUUGUUGGCAUGACCAAAGAGCAUCUGGGUCUGGCUCUGGCCCUGAAUGUGCCGGUGUUUGUAGUGGUUACUAAGAUAGACAUGUGUCCGGCCAACAUCCUGCAAGAGACGCUAAAAUUGUUGCAGCGGUUAUUAAAGUCACAAGGCUGCAGGAAAAUCCCCGUGCUGGUCCAGAACAAGGAUGAUGUCAUCGUCACAGCCUCCAACUUCAGCUCUGAGAGGAUGUGUCCAAUUUUUCAGAUUUCAAAUGUGACGGGGGAGAACAUGGAUCUGCUGAAGAUGUUCCUCAACCUCCUUUCUUCUCGGACCAACUUCAACAACGAUGAGCCUGCUGAGUUCCAAAUAGACGACACAUACUCAGUACCGGGAGUGGGCACAGUAGUUUCAGGGACUACGUUACGUGGAAUGAUACGCCUCAACGACACACUGCUUUUAGGCCCAGACCCGCUGGGCACCUUCAUCCCCAUAGCAGUUAAAUCCAUCCACCGCAAGAGGAUGCCUGUCAAAGAGGUUCGAGGUGGACAGACAGCGUCCUUUGCCCUCAAAAAGAUCAAACGUUCAUAUAUAAGGAAAGGCAUGGUGAUGGUUUCCCCAAAGUUGCUGCCACAGGCCACCUGGGAGUUUGAGGCUGAGAUUUUGGUGCUGCAUCACCCCACCACGAUAUCCCCCCGAUACCAGGCCAUGGUUCACUGUGGCAGCAUCAGGCAGACCGCCACAAUCCUGACCAUGAACAAAGACUGUCUGCGGACAGGGGACAAGGCCACAGUCCAUUUCCGCUUCAUCAAGACUCCAGAGUACCUGCACUGUGACCACAAACUGGUGUUCAGAGAAGGACGCACCAAAGCUGUGGGCACCAUCACCAAGCUUCUCCAAGCAGUGAACACCCAGGCAGCGAAAGCCCAGCAGGCCAAGAUGCAGGCCAGUAAGAAGACUUUUAAAGACGGCACGGCAGCCAAUGAAGAGGCUGGAUCCACUGCACGACCGCCCAGUCCUAACACAGCACAGCUACCAACAGUGGCAGAGGAGGAGGCGCUAUCUAAAGAUGGCAACAAAGAGAACAAGCUCAAGUCGGGAGGGGGAGGACGCAGGAGAGGAGGUCAGAGACAUCGAGGGAAAGGCCUGAGUGCUGAAGCUAUCUCCACAGCCGUGCCUGCCGGAGCUGCCGGCACCGCCUGAUAAACACAUCCCGUCUCGUCUCUUUUUGCAGGGAGGGAAAGUGACUGCAUGGGUCUCCAGUUGGCUGCGUACUAAAUGCACAUGUUACUUUAAUACAAAAUGACAACUGAACAGUUUUCAUCCAGAAAGAGUGAAUUAUUUUCCACAUUAAGUCCAUUUAAAUGCUUUAUUUGUGCAAUUAUUGUAUGGGCUGGUGAAGAUGAUAUUGAGUUUUAAUUUAGUUUGAGUUUAUUGCGGUUAGAUUUUUAUUAUAUAACCCAUAUCUAGUUUACUGCAAACGUUCUGGGGGUGUUCAGUCUUGAUUAUCAUCAGAACUUUUCUUUUUUGGCAUUAACUGUUUUCCUCAGCCAGCAGUCACUCUCCCUGCCUAAACUUUCUCCACACUCUUUUUGACACUCUACAUAUGUUCUUUUUCCUUUUUCGUCAAUAUCUCGUGUUCACCACCACCUAACUUUUCAAGAACGCUUCUUUUUUUCCGGACAGCAGCAAGGAUUGGAGUCUACGUAGCGCCACGUCAGUCACGUGAGGAAGAAGACUGUGUUGAGUUGUUGAAAACUGCCUUUUAUUUUAUUUUUGGCUUAUACAAAGCUCCGUGCCAUUGGCAAUUUGAAUUCACAUGGUGAAUGGAAUGAUCUGUAAUGGAGUUGAUGCCAACCUUAGGUGUAUUCAUGUCUGUGACAUAAAGCAAACAAUUUGCUAAGGGGCAGAAAAAAAAAGAAAAUCACAUGAGCUUGAUGCUCGUUAAGUUGUGUAGUUUAAUGUCGGUUCACCCUACCGUUCUUUUGGGUUGGUAGCUAAAAUUGUCUUCUGGAAAUCACAGUCUGAACAGUUUCUUUCCUUGUGUAACGGUGGUAAACGGUUGGUGAGUUUUGUUGCCAUGCGACAGAAAAGUUAUUGUCCUCUCCUGGACCCCUGGAUACGACACUGUUCACAAGCCGUUGCCUGUCGUAGCGUUAUGUCACAUCUUGUUGAUAAAGAGUAAAAGAGUCUCUUACCCAUUUGAUCUUCCCUAACACAACAUUUGAUCUUUCCAUA